UUCCGCUACGGGAAGACACGUACUUGCUAAGCACGCGAGUUUUGCCGAAAAUACCGGAAAAUCUGUUCAUUUCGUGUCGGUUUUGUGUUACAAGUAAAGAACAAUGGCUGGUACACUUUACACCUACCCGGAAAACUUUCGUGCUUACAAAGUACUAAUCGCCGCCCAGUACUCCGGGGCAGCGGUGAAGGAGGCAUCGGACUUCGUGUUCGGCGAAACCAACCGCAGCGAUGCCUUCCUGGCGAAGUUCCCGCUCGGCAAGGUGCCGGCCUUCGAAACUAAAGAUGGCAAGUACUUGACUGAGAGCAACGCCAUCGCCUACUACGUCGCGAACGAGCAGCUGCGAGGCGCCAACGAUUUCCAUCGCGCGGAAGUGCAGUCUUUCGUCAGCUUCGCCGACAACGAGCUGCUGCCUGCUGUGCAAUCGUGGGUCUUUCCAGUGAUCGGCAUCGUGCCGUACAACAAGAACAACGUCGAGCGUGCAAAGGAGGAUUUGCGCCGCGGACUGGCCGUGCUUAACGCUCGGCUGCUGAAGCAGACGUUCCUGGUCGGUGAGCGAGUCACACUUGCUGACGUCGUAGUGUUCACAACUCUGCUGCAUGCAUACGAACAUGUGCUGGAUCCGUCGUUCCGCGCACCAUUCAGUGCUGUCACUCGGUGGUUCACAACCAUCCAGAACCAGCCGCAGGUCAAAGCCGUCGUCAAAACGUUCACUCUGUGCGCCAAGAUUGCACAAGUAGAUCCGAAGAAGUACGCCGAGUUCCAGGCCAAGCUUGGUGGCGGUAGUGCGCCGGCCGCCGACAAACCGGAGAAGAAGAAGGAGAAGAAGGAGAAGAAACCAGCAGCUGAGGAGCCAGCCGAACAACCAGAUGCGGCCGAAGAGCUGCUCGCUGCCGAGCCGAAACAGAAUGAUCCGUUCGAGACGCUGCCGAAGGGCACAUUCAAUUUCGACGACUUCAAGCGGUUCUACUCGAACGAGGAGGAGGCCAAAUCGAUUCCCUACUUCUGGACCAAGUUCGAUCCCGCCAACUAUUCGAUCUGGUACGGCGAGUACAAAUACCCGGAAGAGCUCACAAAAGUGUUCAUGAGUUGCAACCUGAUCACCGGCAUGUUCCAGCGCCUGGACAAAAUGCGCAAGCAGAGCUUCGCCUCGGUCUGUCUAUUCGGCGAGGAUAACAACAGCACAAUUUCCGGUAUCUGGGUUUGGCGCGGUCAGGACCUUGCCUUCCAGCUGUCGCCUGACUGGCAGGUGGACUACGAAGUGUACGACUGGAAGAAGCUGGAUCCGGCUUCAGAGGAAACCAAGAAGCUAGUCGCACAGUACUUCUCCUGGACUGGCACCGACAAGAAUGGUCGCAAAUUUAAUCAAGGAAAAAUCUUCAAGUAAACAUUUGUUUUUCUACCAACGUUUGUGACCCUACUUUGCCUUUUUUGGUUCGUGCUGGUUUAUGGCAGCCCAGCAUGCGAUCUUUUAGUAAUCAUGAAGUUUUGUUCUGUAAAGCGUAUGAAACUCGGCAAAGGAGAAGAGGAAACUAUAUCUAACUUAUAAUGCAUCCGGAGACGAGACGAGAUACACAAGUGUUUGUGCUAAUAAAAACGAAAAUAUACGCCAACCAAGCCAGCUGAUUUCCAGUCAACGUCAUCUUGUUUAAUUGCAACAUCGUCUGCCAUCAACCAUCCCCUCCCCACGAUCCUAGAUGGAUGGUUUGCUGGUUCCCGAGCGCUUGCCGACGAUACUCUAUUGCCUCAACAAUCAGCACUGAACAAAUAAAAUGGGUGAAGUCGAACUACUA